AAUUUUGGGGUCAUUUUGGGGGCUAAAAACCUGAAUUUUGGGGUCAUUUUUGGGUCGUUUCGGGCGGGGUUUUUUGGGGGCGUGUCCAAAUUUUUUUGGAAGGGGUGGGAGGAGCCUCCUGAUGGGCGUGUCCCCCCUCUGGCCCCUCCCCCCAGGGCGAUGCUCCGCCCCCGCUGCGGGGUCCCCGACAAGCUGGGGGCGCGGCUGAAGGCGCAGGUGAGGAGGAGGAGGAGGCGGCGCCGCUUCGCCCUCCAGGGGCUGCGCUGGGAGCAGCCCGAGAUCACCUUCAGCAUCCAGAACUACACCCCCAAGGUGGGCGAGGCGGGCACCGCCCGGGCCGUGCGCCGCGCCCUCCGGGCCUGGGCGGCCGCCGCCCCCUCCCUGCGCUUCCGGGAGGUUCCCUACGGCUCCAUCCGCUCCGGGAGCGCCCCCCAGGCCGACAUCAUGGUCCUCUUCGCCGAGGGGUUCCACGGGGACAGCACCCCCUUCGACGCCGGGGGGUUCCUGGCCCACGCCUACUUCCCGGGGCCUCACAUCGGGGGGGACACCCACUUCGACGGGGCAGAGCCAUGGACGGACAGGAACGAUGAUCUGGAAG